AUAGAGCAGGCAAGAGGGGAGAGGAGGGAGGGGCUCUGUUGGGCAGUGUUGGAAGGACGCGUGCAGCAGGAGUGACGAGGAGGGAGAGAGGAUGGCAGGCCAGCUGGCGAUAGGUGGUAACCAGCAGCACACGGUGGCGAAAUGGCGGGUGUUCAAGACAGCGAAACGAACCCAACCCAACCCAACCCUAUAUUUUGCUCAGCAGGCAGACCUGUAUUUCCUCAUCGCAAGCUUCUCGCCCAAACCCGUACAGGUCAUAUGCCCUGAGAGCGACUUCCUUUUACGCCCGGGAGUAUCUCAUAGGCAUUUUAUCCUUAAGGACCUCUCCUUGUAAGCAAAGUGUACCCGUGUCAUGUGAACAGUUCUCAU